UCCUGUUACAAGUGCUUGGAAUUAUUUCGAUUGUGAUUUGAAGUUUGAUACCAGACUAUGGCAGCAGAGGGUAACACCUUUGGUCAGGUGGUGACAGUUGCACAUCCUGACCCCCCUACUGAGGCAGAGAGCGCAAGUCCCAGUGAGGCACAGGGACUGCUCGCUAACUUUUGGACAAAACAAAACAAUGAUAUGAGAACAUUAGGAGUGACUGACUAUAAGACACAAGAACUACCAUUGGCCAGGAUAAAGAAGAUCAUGAAGCUUGAUGAAGAUGUCAAAAUGAUUAGCUCUGAAGCACCUGUGAUUUUUGCUAAGGCUGCAGAGAUGUUUAUCAGUGAGCUGUCACUUAGGGCCUGGGUUCACACUGAGGACAACAAACGAAGGACAUUACAGAGAAAUGACAUUGCUAUGGCAAUCACUAAGUAUGACCAGUUUGACUUCCUGAUCGACAUUGUACCUAGAGAUGAGAUUAAACAAACGAAACGUCCAGAGGACACACAAUCAGCUAAAACAUCAAUGAUGCCUGACCAAGUCCAGUACUAUUUCCAACUAGCUCAACAACAUCAGCAAGCAUUACAGCAGCAGAAUCAGCAACAGCAACAACAACAGCAACAGCAGCAAACUCAAGUGACAGCAGCAACAACAACAACACCUACUGUCAACCAGGUGCAGCUACAAGGGAGUGAGCAGCAACAGAUUCAGGUGAUUCAGGGUACAGGUACAGGAGAACAGCCCCAGAUCCAGAUCAUCCAGGGUGGCCAGCAGGCUGGUGCAGCCCAGGUGCAACAGGUCCCUCAGGUUAUACAGCAGAUUGUUACACCCUCUGGAGAGGUACAGAGUGUACCUAUCCAACUUACCCCGGCACAGUUGCAAGCCAUCCAACUGCAGAUGAGUGGAAAACAAUCGGGACAAUCUGUAGUAAUACAGGCAUCAAAUCCUGCCCCAGAAUCUGAGCAGCAGGGUGGUCAACAACAACAGAUUUUCCAGAUGGGCAGUCAGGGCCAACAGAUUGUGUUCCAACAGGGUACCCAGGAGAACCAAUCAAAUAGCCAGACAUCAGAGGGUCAAAACACCUCAUGA